AAUAGUUUUCUUCUAUGAUCUUUGUCUUGAUCGUUGUUAUUGAUAUCUUGGAAUUUGCACUCUUCAUAAAAUUGUAAUAUUUUCGGGAGGAUUCUGCUGAAAUACGACACUGAAGUGAUUUUAUGAUAAGUUAUUAAUCUUAACACUGAAAUUAGAAAUGGCUGAAGAGUUUGAUGUAGAGGCUAUGUUAGAGGCACCUUACAGAAAAGGAGAUGAUGGUUCAGCUGGAAGGAUCGCUCACGAAAAUGGGUCGUCAAACAGCCACAGGAGCUCUGGGAAGAACAAGCACCGCAGCAGAAGUCGCUCGCGUGACAAGAGUGGCAAGUCACGGCACCACGACCGCCACCGUGACAAGGACCGCCAUCGUGACAAGGAUCGCGAGCGAGACAAGGAGCGGGUUCGCGGCAAGGACAAGGAUCACCACAGCAGCCGUCGGGACCGCGACAAGGAUAAGGAGAAAGAACGCAAGAAGAGGAGCCUGUCACCGAUCGCCCUCCAGCGGCCAAAGUUCCCGCCUUUCCGGAAAGCUCCGUCCCCGUUAGCGUUCCGUGGAGGUCCCCCUGAGGAAUUAUCGCCGGAAGAGCGGGACGCUCGUACAGUUUUCUGUAUGCAGUUGUCUCAGAGGAUAAGAGCUCGUGAUCUAGAAGAGUUUUUCUCAUCAGUUGGAAAGGUGAGGGAUGUGAGACUAAUCACUUGUAACAAGACAAGGAGAUUUAAAGGAAUAUCAUAUGUUGAAUUCAAGGAUCCAGAUUCAGUUCCAUUGGCCCUGGGGCUGUCAGGUCAGAAAUUAUUGGGUAUUCCAAUAAUAGUACAGCAUACUCAAGCAGAGAAGAAUCGUGCUGGUAAUUCCAUGCCAAAUAUGAUUAUGCCUAAGGGAAAUACUGGCCCAAUGAGGCUUUACGUGGGUUCCCUGCAUUUCAACAUUACAGAGGAAAUGUUGAGAGGAAUUUUCGAACCAUUUGGGAAAAUAGACAACAUUCAGUUGAUAACAGAUCCUGAGACAGGUCGUUCCAAAGGCUAUGGAUUUCUUACAUUCCACAACUCUGAAGAUGCUAAAAAAGCUUUGGAACAACUUAAUGGAUUUGAGCUUGCUGGCCGGCCAAUGAAAGUUGGCCAUGUUACCGAGAGAUCGGACUCUGCUCAAGGUCCCUCUAUAUUGGAUUCUGAUGAACUUGACCGCACAGGCAUUGAUUUAGGUGCAACAGGCAGACUUCAGCUGAUGUUUAAAUUGGCAGAAGGUACAGGACUGCAAAUACCUCAAGCUGCAGCAACUGCCCUGAACCUUAAUCAAGUGGGAACCAUCCCAUUGCAACAAGUGACUCCGCCCAUUGCCACGCAGUGUUUCAUGUUGGCAAAUAUGUUUGACCCCCUCACAGAGACUAAUCCUACGUGGGAUGUGGAAAUACGUGAUGAUGUCAUUGAGGAGUGCAAUAAGCAUGGUGGAGUCCUGCAUGUGUACGUGGAUAAAGCCUCACCACAGGGCCAUGUAUAUGUCAAAUGUCCUUCUAUUGCAACUGCUGUGGCAGCUGUCAAUUCUUUGCAUGGAAGAUGGUUUGCAGGUCGUGUAAUAACUGCAGCGUACGUCCCAAUCAUCAACUAUCACAGCCUCUUUCCAGAUGCAAUGACUGCGCUGCACCUCCUAAUGCCAUCGGCGACCAGAAGAGGACUUUGAGAUGGGGUAGUGGGAAGGUGAACUGACUUGAACACUGUGUGUGCGCCUUCACUGUUCAUUCACAUUGUAUAUUAAGUCUGAUUACUUAUCGUGACAGGCUUGAUAAUUUACUAGUGAGACUUUGUUUCUGUUAAUAUCUUGCAUCAAGAUUUGACAGUACCAUUUAUAGUGAUAAGUCUAUCGGAUGUACAUUAAAUCUCUAGUUGUCUGUUUUUAUUAGUUAAUUAUGCUGAAUACAUUGUGUUCUACUUGUUUUUGUACAGUUAAAUGUAAUAAAAGCAUACAAGGUG